CGAAAAAGAGUUCAAAGCGCAGAGAACAAGAAGUCGCAGCAGCCCACUCCGAGACGACUGCAACCGCUGCGCAGCGUGAACCGACAAUGCUGGCGAUGGAGAGAUCCGUGAGGUUCGCCUUAGUGCUGGUAGCCAUCUCCGUGCUCAUUUCCUACCACCCCACAGAAGCGUGGUACAAGCAAGCGACCGGUCCAAGCUACUAUUCUGUCGGCAGAGCCUCGGGUUUGCUGUCCGGCAUCCGGAGAUCACCGUACAUUAGACGGUCUGAGCCCGAGUCAGUUCUGGAUAGUGGAGAGCCAGCAGGGAACAGCGUUCCUGAGCUGGGAAGCCGCCAGACUUCCAUCCUGAAAACUAUGGCGAUCUGUGUGAAAGACAUCUCCCCGAACCUGCAGAGCUGCGCGCUGCUUCAGGACGGCUCCAGCACGUUUCAGUGCAAAGCGGACGUGCUUCUCACGCUCGACUCACAGGACUGUGCGAGCGCCUGAGCUCCUCUCUGUCCCGGGAGUUUUACAUCCGCGACACGGAGCGUGACGGACCGAUGACACUGAAUGUUUCUCAUUUUACACGACAAAAAAACCCAAAGUGUGUGACAGAUGUCAUUUCUGUUUGAUCCCCGUGCCGCGCCAGCCCAUCAACUGUCCUUCUGUAC